AUGUCAAGAUUUUGGAACCCCAACUACAACGCUACCAGCAGUCACAGGAAGAGAAGGUCGAGAAACAAAGGCAAACAGCGAGAGGAAAACACAGCAAUCCCAUUCUUUGGCUCCUCGACAUCAGCAUCACGACGGCAGCGACCGUCAUCAUCGUCAUCUUCGUCAUCCUCUAGGUAUGAGGAAGAAGACCUAGUCCUGGUCAGACGCAAGGAUAGUCCACCGUGGUGGUGGCUGUUGUUGGUGGAAGGGACCUCGGGAGUUACGGUCAUGAGAGCUGCCAAGGACGAGCACGGCUCUCGUCGUCGUCCCGGCCAUAGGGUGCUUGAGCCACUUGUUGAGGGGAAAGUGGCCAGUUUUUUCCCGGCAAGGUUGGAUGUGGAGGAGUAG